AAAAAUGUCGUGCACAUGUACGUGGGAAAGAUGACAUGAGGUUCCACUAAGCUUGAUGGGUUUUGAUACUGGGCCAAGGCACAAAUAAGAACCUAACGGAGGUGACUCCACGCGCCGCCGAUCGGUAACCGCCGUUUUAAGUACUCUCAGACGAGAUAAUCAUGGGAUGUGCAGCGUCGAAGCUCGAUAACGAAGACACUGUUCGGCGAUGCAAAGAUCGCCGCCGUCUCAUGUCGGAAUCUGUUAACGCACGACAUCACCUCGCUGCAGCUCACGCUGAUUACUGUAGAUCGCUUCGUCUCACUGGAUCUGCUCUUUCUUCUUUCGCCGCCGGUGAGCCUCUAGCUGUAUCAGAUCAGACUCCGGCCGUUUUUCUUCAUACUACUCCGCCGCCGUCUCAACACUCAUCCGCCAAAUUUGUACCUCCGUCACCUGCUCCUUCUUCAGUAUAUACUCCGCCGCCGGCUCCUCCUUCACGGUCUCCUUCCGUUGCUAGCUCAAAACUACCUCCAGUUCUUUCAGCUUCAUCUAAUCGGCGCCGGAAACAACAACAACCUAAGUUGCCUCAUAUUCUCUCGAGUCCUUCGUCUAGUGAGAGAUCCAAUUUCAUGCCGAGUUUCUUCCCUACUGCUUACCAGAACUCUACUUACUCGGCGACUCCUUCUCAAGCUUCUUCCGUCUGGAAUUGGGAGAAUUUUUACCCUCCUUCACCUCCUGAUUCCGAAUUCUUCAACCGGAAAUCUCAAGAGAGGAAACAACAGAACCGCUAUGGCGAUCUGGCCGACGGCGAGGAUGCCGAAACAGAGAGAUCGGAGCAUGAAUUUUUCCAUAUGAAGAAGGAGAAGCAGUUCGAGUCUAUGAAAAGUGCGGUGGAGGAGGAAGAGGAGACGGAGCGAGAGGAGGUGCAGUGUAGCGAAUGGGAGGAUCACGAUCAUUACAGUACGACGAGCUCAUCCGACGCUGCGGAGGAGGAGGAGGAGGAGGAGGAAGAAGAGGAUAGAGAGUCAAUGUCUGAGAUCGGGACGCGUUCUGACUUUGGAUCUUCCGUGAGGACUAGUUCGAUGAGACGGCAGUAUCACCAGCAGCAGCAGCAGCAGCCGCAGGAGUAUGAAGGUGUUGCACAGGAGAAGUAUCGCAAAGCAGAUGACGCGACGUCUUCCGGCAGCUACAGAGGCGGAGGAGAGAUAGUGGUGAGGCAUAGAGAUUUGAAGGAGAUUGUUGAUGCUAUUAAGGAGAAUUUCGACAAGGCGGCUUCCGCAGGCGAUCAAGUCUCUCAGAUGCUUCAUCUUGGCAGGGCUCAGCUCGAUCGCAGUUUCAGCCAAUUGAAGAAGACGGUGAUUCAUUCGAGUAGUGUAUUGAGUAACCUGAGCUCAACUUGGACUUCAAAGCCGCCAUUGGAAGUCAAGUACAGGCUUGACACAACCGCAUUGGACCAACCGGGCGGCCCCAAGAGCCUUUCUUCCAGUCUAGACCGCCUCUUGGCAUGGGAAAAGAAACUCUACGAGGAAGUCAAGGCUAGAGAAGGGUUGAAGAUUGAACAUGAAAAGAAGUUGUCAAAGCUUCAAAGCCAAGAGUACAAAGGAGAGAAUGAGAUUAAGCUAGACAAGACAAAGGCCUCUAUAACGAGGUUACAAUCUCUUAUUAUUGUUACUUCCCAGGCCGUCAGCACAACAUCUACUGCAAUUAUCCGCCUUCGAGAUACUGAUCUUGUUCCGCAGCUCGUUGAACUCUGUCAUGGCUUCAUGUACAUGUGGAAAUCAAUGCAUCAAUUCCACGAAAUUCAGAACCACAUCGUACAGCAAGUUCAGGGGCUCAUUAACAGGUCAGGCAAAGGGGAAUCAACAUCUGAACUACACCGACAAGCAACACGCGACUUGGAAACAGCUGUGUCUUUAUGGCACUCGAGUUUCUGUCGGCUGAUUAAAUUCCAACGAGACUUCAUACAUUCGGUUCAAGCCUGGUUCAAGCUAACUCUUCUUCCAGUUUGCCAAGACGACAAUCCAAGUCACAAAGAGCCAGUAGACGCCUACGCAUUUUGCGAUGAGUGGAAGCUUACUCUAGACCGAGUCCCGGACACAGUGGCUUCAGAAGCAAUCAAAAGCUUCAUCAACGUUGUUCACGUGAUAUCCGCGAAACAAUCCGAGGAGCUAAAGAUAAAGAAACGAACCGAAUCAGCAUCAAAGGAGCUUGAGAAGAAAGCUUCAUCGCUUAGAAACAUCGAAAGGAAAUACUAUCAGUCAUACUCCACGGUCGGGUUUGGUCUCCCAGAUACAGGACCAGACAACGGACACAUGUUAGAUGCUCGGGACCCACUCACGGAGAAAAAGUUAGAGCUAGGAGCAUGCCAGAGAAGAGUGGAGGAAGAACUGCUGAAGCAUUCAAAGGCAAUAGAAGUAACAAGGGCCAUGACUCUGAAUAACUUGCAGACAGGUUUGCCUGGUGUGUUCCAAGCUUUAACGAGUUUCUCUGCUCUGUUCACGGAGUCCUUACAAACGUUGCUUGGAUAUUGCUUAUUUCUGAAAAGAAAAUGUAUAUACGUGGAGUCUCUAGGACUUGGCCUUUGAUUUCUGGUUAUGAAGGAUUUUUGUUCAUGUAGUUCCCAGCUACAUGUUCUAAUGAAAUGAAUAAAGACCAAUCUCAUGC